AAAAAAGGUCGCUGACAUAGGGGCUCCCCCAGGGCUCCCUGUGCGCCGCCAUGGUGUGCGGAUGCUUGGAACAGACUGAAAAGGUGAUCGAAGAGGAAGCAGCUGAGGUCAAAGAAGCUAUGGAGUCGGUGGCCAUCAAGGUGGAGCAGGCAGCAGAGGAAGUGGCCCAAGAAACCAAUCAGCUGGCCGAGAACCUGGCCGAAGGCGUCAGAGAUUUGGCCGUGGAAGCAGCACAUGUGGCGGAACACGUCGUGAAGGAGGUGGAAGCAGUGGCUGGCAACGGGCUGCACGUGGUCCGAGACUUCUUGGAAGCAAAGAUGAUUCAAGUGGUGCGAAAGGUUCUGGAUAUAAUGCCGCCAGUCAUCAAGGCGGUGACGGACGACCCAGAGGCACCCAGAUCGGCGAAGGAGACCAAGGACAAGGUGAUCGAUUUGGUCUGGCCCGAGGUUGAGAAGGAAGUGGUCCGGCAGAUGAGUGCCGACUUCUUCGGGCUCCCGGAUGGGAACGAGGAGGGCGAGGCCUACUGCUGUCUGGUGGCCAAGUUCCGGUACCGUUUGUACCCCUUCAAUCGAGGGGUUGCAGGAGUGCAGCAGGACCCUUUCUGGGUGAUCAGCGUCAUUGUCUCCAUACUCCCUUUCAUGAGUAUCCCUGCCUACUUCUUCGCUGUAUGUUUCCUCCUCAUCGACAAGACCGAUGAGUACCAGCUGCUGUUCUUCAUUCUACAAAUCCGUGGUUUCCAAUUUGUUUCCGAUGGACUCAUCAACGUUUAUUUCAGAUACUUUCAGAGCUUCACUUCCAUGAUGUUAGGUAACAGUGAAUCCGACUUCACAGGCUCCGAGGUGGCCACUGUGGUGGAUUUGACUGGCUACGGCCUUCGAAUUCUGUUGGUUUGGAUGGCAUGGAUCCUGCUGCACUGCAAAGCUGUGCAAAAACGGCCUCCAAACCUGGACAAAGCAGCAAGUUCUGCCAUCAAGACCUUCCGCGAGGGAAAGCUACGGUACUUCCUCCUUGCCGAUCUUUUCUUGUCUUUAUGCGGAAUUACCGCGAUGGUCGUUAUAGCCGUCCUAGAGGAUCCUAGAACAAUUCAGUUCGUGGGCACCAAGACAUGCGUCAAGGUGGUUCAUGGCUUUCUUUGCCUUCCCUUUUUUAUCCUCUUGGUGCUGCCCAUGUUGCGCAAUGUGGUGCUGCACACCUUUCCCACGGGCUACGACAAGAAGGGCCGCUGUCGGAACUACAUCGGUCCACAGAUCCCCCCAGCAGAAACGACGAAUUUCAUAAAGGAACUGGUGAAUCUCGACGAGAUUGAAGGUCUACUGGAAAAGGUGAAGAAUUCUAUGUUGGGAGUGACUAGCAUGAUGAACUCUGCCUAGGACUGGCAAAGCCAGCCUAGUAAAAUGGGCCCUGACCGACCCGGUUCGGUUAGAUUUCAGAAAACUGCCAGGUUUCUAUACGUUCUUGCGUGUAUAUGGU